AUGGCUCCGCGACGAUCAGCUCUCUAUUCCCUCCUCAAUGAGGGGUCUUCCGAACACGACAUGAUGUCCGAGUCCGACAUCAAUAGCGGGAACACGAGCGACGUUCCUAUCUCAACGCCCCCUUCUCGCAGCAAUUCUCGGGUCCCUUCGAACAGUCCAAGCGGACUACGGACCCCAGCGUCCUAUCCACAUGCCGCCGCAGAUCAUAUGGAAGCUUCACCUCACAUCGCCGACUACGGUGGCGCAGCACAUCCGCAUGCGUCAUACGCGUCCACCCACCAAAUCUCUUACUCAUCACCUGUACCUAGACUUCCCGGCGCUCCAGGCGCCUACCAUCACGGAAUGCAUCCAGGAGGCCUACCACCAAUUUCCGGCCUGCAAGGUCCCAUGGUGACGGGCGACGUCGUCACGGCGCCCCACAUGGCGUCCCUCAACAAGCCCGUAGAGGACAUGUUCCUCGUGCGGAUCGACACUUACACGGCAUCCAAGGAAGCCGGAGACAAACGACAGAAAAACGCCGAUGCGUCGGCACGCUACAGACGCCGGAAAGCCGACCAGGCCGCGGAGGAAAAGUCCAAGAUGGCGCAGCUCCAGGAGGAGAACCGAUAUCUCGGCGGCCGCGUGAUCGAGCUGACGCGGCAACGAGAAUUUUACCGAUCGGAGAGGCAGGCGCUAAGGGAGCUGAUGCUUACGGUGCCUGAGCUGAAGGAGGUUGCAAAGAAUAGGCCAGCCACUCCCCUGCCGCCUUAUGAUGAGCAAUAA